UUGGGGCAGGCGCUCGCCGCGGGCAGCACAUGCCUUGGCGGGUCUUCCGAGGCCCAGUGAAGGCUCGAGAGGCGCUGGAGGAGCAAGAUGGCGACCGCGGCCGCAGCGUCGGCUUCGGAACCAGAGGCUGAGCCCGAGGCUGCGCCCGAGGUUGAGGGAGAGGAGGAUGAGGCGAAGGCCGCCAGGACGAGGAGGAAGGUGUUGUCCCGGGCCGUGGCCUCCGCGACGUACAAGACCCCGGGGCCAGGGUGGGACCAGCAGGAGGAAGGCGUGAGUGAGAGCGAUGGAGAUGAGGAGUACGCCAUGGCGUCCUCCGCGGAGAGCUCGCCCGGGGAGUACGAAUGGGAGUACGACGAAGAGGAGGAGAAGAACCAGCUGGAGAUCGAGCGUCUGGAGGAGCAGCUGUCUAUCAACGUCUAUGACUACAACUGCCACGUAGACCUGAUCAGGCUGCUGCGGCUGGAAGGGGAGCUCACCAAAGUGAGGAUGGCUCGUCAGAAGAUGAGCGAGAUUUUCCCUUUGACAGAAGAGCUCUGGCUGGAGUGGCUGCACGACGAGAUCAGCAUGGCCCUGGACGGCCCGGACCGAGAGCACGUGUACAGCCUCUUUGAGAAGGCUGUGAAGGAUUACAUCUGUCCGAACAUUUGGCUCGAAUAUGGCCAGUACUCAGUCGGUGGGAUUGGUCAGAAAGGUGGCCUAGAAAAAGUUCGCUCUGUGUUUGAAAGGGCGCUCUCGUCCGUCGGCUUGCACAUGACCAAAGGACUUGCCAUCUGGGAGGCUUACCGGGAGUUCGAAAGUGCCAUCGUGGAAGCUGCCCGGCUUGAGAAAGUCCACAGUCUGUUCCGGCGACAGCUGGCGAUCCCGCUCUAUGAUAUGGAGGCCACAUUUGCAGAGUAUGAAGAAUGGUCAGAAGACCCGAUACCAGAGUCAGUGAUUCAGAGCUAUAACAAAGCCCUCCAGCAGUUGGAGAAGUACAAGCCCUAUGAAGAGUCACUGCUGCAAGCAGAGGCGCCCAGGCUGGCGGAGUAUCAGGCGUAUAUCGAUUUCGAGAUGAAAGUCGGCGAUCCUGCUCGCAUUCAGUUGAUCUUCGAGCGCGCCCUGGUGGAGAACUGCCUUGUCCCAGACUUAUGGAUCCGCUACAGUCAGUUUCUUGAUCGGCAGCUGAAAGUGAAGGAUUUGGUUUUAUCUGUACACAGCCGUGCAGUUCGGAACUGCCCCUGGACCGUGGCGCUGUGGAGUCGGUACCUCUUGGCCAUGGAGAGACACGGAGUUGAUCAUCGAGUGAUUUCUGUGACGUUCGAGAAAGCUCUCAGUGCUGGCUUCAUUCAGGCCACUGAUUAUGUGGAGAUUUGGCAGGCUUACCUUGAUUACCUGAGGAGAAGGGUUGAUUUCAAACAAGACUCCAGUAAAGAGCUGGAAGAGUUGAGGUCUGCGUUCACUCGUGCUUUGGAGUAUCUGAAACAGGAGGUGGAAGAGCGUUUCAGCGAGAGUGGAGAUCCAAGCUGCAUGAUCAUGCAGAACUGGGCUAGGAUUGAGGCUCGACUGUGCAAUAAUAUGCAGAAGGCUCGGGAACUCUGGGAUAGCAUCAUGACCAAAGGAAACGCCAAGUUUGCCAACAUGUGGCUUGAAUAUUACAACCUGGAAAGAGCGCACGGCGACACCCAGCACUGCAGGAAGGCUCUGCACCGGGCCGUCCAGUGCACCAGCGACUACCCAGAGCACGUCUGUGAGGUGCUACUCACCAUGGAGCGGACAGAAGGAACCUUAGAAGACUGGGACAUGGCUGUCCAGAAAACUGAAACCCGUCUGGCCCGUGUUAACGAGCAGAGACUGAAGGCCGCGGAGAAGGAAGCAGCCCUUGCCCAGCAAGAAGAAGAAAAGGCUGAACAAUGGAAGAAGAACCGGGCUGAGAAGAAGGCGUUAAAAAAGAAGAAAAAGGCCAGAGGCGCAGAGAAGCGGGAAGCCGAUGAGGACGAUGAAAAAGAGUGGGGUGACGAUGAAGGAGAACAGCCUCCCAAACGAAGGAAGCUCGAGAACAGCGUUUCUGCAGCCGGAGCAGCACAGGACCUAGAAGCCGAGACCGGCCUCUUUGGGAAAAGUGCCCCCGUGGAUGCCGACCCCCCUUCACGGCAGAAGGAGCGGGCGGCCCUGAAGAGGGACCUGCCCAAGGUGCCCCACGACAGCAGUAAAGACAGCGUCACGGUCUUCGUCAGCAACCUGCCCUACAGCAUGGGGGAGCCGGAAGCGAAGCUCCGGCCGCUCUUCGAGGCCUGUGGGGAGGUGGUGGAGAUCCGCCCCAUCUUCAGUAACCGCGGCGAUUUCCGAGGCUACUGCUAUGUGCAGUUCAAAGAGGAGAAGUCGGCCCUGCAGGCGCUGCAGUUGGACCGGAAGAAUGUAGAAGGGCGACCAAUGUUUGUUUCCCCGUGUGUGGAUAAGAGCAAAAAUCCCGAUUUUAAGGUGUUCAGGUACAGCACCGCCCUGGAGAAGCACAAGCUGUUUGUCUCGGGUCUGCCUUUUUCCUGCACUAAAGAGGAACUCGAGGAGAUCUGUAAGGCUCAUGGCACAGUGAAGGACAUCAGGCUGGUGACCAACCGGGCCGGCAAACCGAAGGGUCUGGCCUAUGUGGAGUAUGAGAAUGAAUCCCAGGCUUCCCAGGCUGUGAUGAAGAUGGACGGCAUGACCAUCAAAGAGAAUGUCAUCAAAGUGGCCAUCAGUAAUCCCCCUCAAAGGAAACUUCCAGAGAAGUCAGAGGCAAGGAGAGCACCCGGUGGCCCCUUGGUGCCGCGACAGAUGUACGGAGCGCGGGGGAAGGGGAGGACCCAGCUCUCUCUGCUGCCUCGCGCCCUGCAACGCCCGGCCGCUGCCGCUCCGCAGGCCGAGAACGGCCCUGGCCCUCGGCCCGCAGUCGCCGCCUCGGCGCUCACCGAGGCGCCCAAGAUGUCCAAUGCGGACUUUGCCAAGUUGCUUCUGAGAAAGUGAACAGGACUCCGAGGGACGGGAAAUGCCUUACUUCCUGCUGGCCGCGCAGCCCAUCAGGUGCCCAGCUGUACCCUGGGUGAGGAGGGGCCUGCUGCCGCGCACCUCCCACACUUCCUCUUCUGCUUUAGGCGGACGGGGAGCAGCUGGCCGAGCGGAGCCACUUCACAGUUCCCUCACAUUGAGGGCGGUAGGAGGGACAGGAUCACUCCACACCAGGCAUAGGGUGUAGUUCCUGAGGUAUUUUGUCUUUCAAAGAGUGAGAAACAGAAGUGACACUCGAACACACUCUGCAGACCCGCUGGCCAGUUGUUUUCGGCCACUCUGGCCCCUUUUCUAAGACAGCUCUCACCCCGCGCAGCACACGUGCCCACACUCUUUUAAUGUUUAAAAGACAACGGCAGAUGCCAGUAAUUCACCAGAAUGGCCUAUUUGGGUAAAGGGUUGGGCUACCAGGAGUCGCAGGAAACACGUUUGAUGGAUUUUUGUUCAAGGGGCUGUGCGUUUUUAUAUUAUGUAUUUGUAAAUGCCAUGUCAGCCCACUGUUCCAUGUCUCCUAAAAGCAGACUCUUUGUGACGUUCGUUUGUACGGGACCCUGCGCGCCAGCUGCUGCCGACCGUUUUCUUUGCCUGGCGACUAGCGAACUGUGUUCUGUGUCGAAACUGCGUUACAGCCCUUCGGUUUUGUUUAAAUGCCAUGGCAAGAGCAAAUUUAAAUUCUCCCCAUUUAGCUCUUUGUUUAUGGAACUGAAGUUCUCCUAGAGAUUUCUUGCCACGUGGUACUCCGAUGUAAAUUCAGAUAUGGAUGAAUUUUGAGGUGGGUGUACCUUGCUUUACCUAAUAGAUGUGUAAAUAGAACUUUUGUAAGUCAACAUCUGUUGUUGCCUGGAUUUAAAUUAUUUCAGCUGUGAUACAACUUCGAGUUUUAAGCUUCUGUUUUUAGCCGCUUAAUACUUUAGCUUUCAAGCUUUUUGCCCCUCACCUUUUACCAAAUACUUAAUGCUUUGAAAACAUCAUUGCCAGUUCAGCAAGGAAAAUUGACUUUAAAGGCAUUCCACAUGGUGGAGUGAAAAAACCAGGGAAUCUUAUGUGUGUGCAUGUGUAGAACUGGGGUGUAGUCCAGAGGUGGGGGGGUGAAAGG